AUGCUGCUUUCUGAACUUGCCGCGAAGACGUUCGCCUUCUUCCAAGUGUUGUCCCUGAGUUCACGUGCAAAAUUGCUUAGUGGCGGCACAAUCAUAGCAUUUGACCAGGCUACCGAGCAGCUGAAUGCGAUCCGGAAUGGAUCUCUCCUCAUUGAAGACGGUCAGAUCAGCGCCGUGUUCGAUAUCGCGCCUACCGACGUCCCGCACGACCGCCAUGGAUGGCAGACGGUGUUCAAAACGAUGGGCUCAAAUACAACAGUGGCAGAUUAUGCUCUCCGGUUCAGCGCCGUAGUAGCCGCACCACUCUUUUCACCAGAAGAUGUAUACAUCAGCCAGCUUGCUUGUAUCUAUGAGGCACUGUUCUCGGGGGUCACCACUAUCCUUGACCAUGCACGCCAUACCUGGACCCCUGACCAUUCCGCCGCGGGCCUGAAUGCUUCAGUCGAUAGUGGAGCGAGAAUUCUUUUCGCGUAUGCCAGUGCCUUCCAGAACUCUUCCGCCCAAUUCGUAAUUCCAGAACAAAUCGCACAAUGGAAGCGACUGUCGUCUGCUAUGUCUAACAGCAGCUUGAUUGAGCUUGUCAUAGCUUAUGAUUAUUUUACUGACAACUCAACGGAGGCUGAUACUUAA